UCAGGUUCCCCCCCCACCCACCCUGCAAUGCGAGUCAAACGUGAGUCCUUGCGGUGGAGGACAGCUUGCACGGCGGACUGUCCUUCCGGAUCGACGUCGCCUUAAACGCAGCAAAGAAUCGGACACUGCUGAACAAAACCAAAACAGAACAUUGGGACCGCCUUCUUCUUCUUCUUCUUCUUCCACCCACCCCCCUCCUCCUCCCCUCCACCGCCCUUCUCGCUUAUCCGAACUUGUGAGGCUUUCUCCGGCGAUGCGGGGCCUCUGAUCGCCAGUCGCCGAGCCGCCAGUCAAGCCGAGGAGGAGCGACUGCAAGACGGUAUCUUCCCGCCUCGAAGAUCGCCCCAUCCAGCCUGCCUCCAACAUGUCCUCGCAGGCCAGAGUGAAGAAGGACAAAGAGAUCAUAGCCGAAUAUGAGAGCCAAGUGAAAGAGAUCCGUAACCAGCUGGUGGAGCAGUUCCGGUGUUUGGAGCAGCAGUCGGAGUCCCGCCUGCAGCUGCUGCAGGACCUGCAGGACUUCUUCCGUCGAAAGGCCGAGCUCCAGCUUGAGUUCUCCAGAGGCCUGGACAAACUGGCCGAGCGCUACUCGGCCAAGAUCCGCACUUCCAGAGAGCAUCAGCAUUUCAAGAAGGACCAAAAUCUCCUGUCCACCAUAAACUGCUGGUAUUUGGUCCUGGACCAGACCAGACGGGAGAGCAGAGACCACGCCACACUCAGCGACAUCUACAACAACAACGUCAUUGUCCGUUUGGCGCAUGUGGGCGACGAUGUCCUCAGACUUUUCAAAAAGAGCAAAGACAUCGGAGUGCAGAUGCACGAGGAGCUGGUCAAAGUCACCACUGAGCUCUACACAGUGAUGAAGACGUACCACAUGUACCACACGGAGAGCAUCAGCGCAGAAAGCAAGCUGAAGGAGGCGGAGAAGCAGGAGGAGAAGCACAUCGGCAAGGCCGGAGACAUCGGCGCCGCCUUGUUGCGGCACGGUCACGACGACCGUCCACAGCGACGCAGCUCUGUGAAGAAGAUGGAGAAAAUGAAAGAGAAGAGGCAAGCCAAGUAUUUUGAAAACAAACUCAAGUGCACAAAAGCCCGCAACGAUUAUCUUCUCAAUCUGGCAGCCACGAACGCCUUGGUGGCUAAGUACUACAUCCACGAUGUGUCGGACAUGAUAGAUCAGUGUUGCGACUUGGGCUUCCACGCGAGCUUGACACGCACCCUGAGAACCUACUUGUCCGCCGAGUACAGCCUGGAGACGUCUCGCCACGAGGGCUUGGACGUUCUAGAAGGAGCCGUGGACGCCAUGGACGUCCGAGGGGACAAGCUGAAGUUCAUGGACACGCACAGCCAGAUGUUCUGUCCUCCCUCGCGUUUCGACUAUCAGCCGCACAUGGGGGACGAGGUCUGUCAGGUGAGCGCGCAGCAGCCUGUCCAGACGGAGCUCUUGAUGCGCUACCAGCAGCUUCAGACGCGCCUGGCCACGCUCAAGAUAGAAAACGAAGAGGUGAGGAAGACGAUGGACGCCACCAUGCAGACCCUUCAAGAUAUGCUGACAGUGGAGGACUUUGACGUUUCUGAGGCUUUCCAGCACAGUCAGUCCACAGAGUCGGUCAAAUCGGCGUCGUCCGACUCCUACAUGAGCAAGGCCAACAUCGCUAAGAGACGAGCCAAUCAGCAGGAAACGGAGGGCUUCUACUUUACUAAAUACAAAGAGUUCUUGAACGGCAGCAACCUCAUUGUGAAACUUCAAGCCAAGCAUGACCUUCUGAAGCAGACGCUGGGAGAAGGGGAGAGGGCUGAGUAUGGAACAACAAGGCCCCCUCUACUCCCCCCUAAACCCCAGAGAAUGCGGAAGUCUAGACCUCGCUCCGUUUUUAGGCGUAAGCUGUUUAACGGCAAUCUGGAGGCCUUCAUCCAGGACUCGGGGCAGCCUAUACCAGUGGUGGUGGAGAGCUGCGUCCGAUACAUCAAUCUCUAUGGUCUUCAACAACAAGGUAUAUUCCGAGUCCCGGGAUCCCAAGUGGAAGUCAACGACAUUAAGAAUGCAUUUGAAAGAGGAGAGGAUCCACUGGUGGACGAUCAGACUGACCAUGACAUCAACUCUGUGGCGGGCGUUCUGAAGCUCUACUUCAGGGGUUUGGAGAAGCCACUGUUCCCGAAAGAGCGCUUCCUUGACCUCAUAUCUACGACCAAACUGGACUUCGGUUCAGACAGAGCUCACCACCUUCAGCAGAUCAUUGCCACCCUCCAGCAGCCCGUGGUGGUGGUCCUGAGAUACCUGUUUGCCUUCCUAAACCAUCUCUCCCAGUACAGUGACGAAAACAUGAUGGACUCCUACAAUCUGGCUAUCUGCUUCGGCCCCACGCUGAUGCCCAUACCCGAGGACCAGGAUCCCGUGGCUUGCCAGGCGCACGUUAACGAGGUCAUUAAGACCAUUAUCGUCCACCAUGAGGCCAUAUUCCCAAGCCAGCGUGAAAUGCAGGGACCUGUGUAUGAGAAGUGCAUGGCUGGAGGCGAGGAAUACUGUGAGAGCCCCCACAGCGACGCCGGCGCUCUUGAUGAGGUGGACAACGGUACUGGACCCAACACCAGCGAUGAUGAGCUGGAGCAGAUCGAGGCCAUCGCUAAGUUUGACUACGUUGGUCGAAGCCCCAGGGAGCUUUCCUUCAAGAAGGGAGCCUCACUCUUACUCUACCUGCGGGCUUCUGAGGACUGGUGGGAGGGACGACAUAACGGUGUGGACGGUCUAAUCCCACACCAGUACAUCGUGGUGCAGGACAUGGAUGAUGCGUUCACUGACAGCAUCCAGAGGACUGACAGCGAGGCCAGCAGCGGAUACCACGAUGAGCGAUCCUCAUCCAGGCACGAGCACCAGGCUCUGUCUGAACAUCCUCUGGAGCACCGCUUUGGAGCCGCUUUGGGAAGGAUGAGAGUGCGUUCAGAGGGCGCUCCGCUCCAACGCCACAGGAACGGUGACGGCCACAGCCCCACCAGACAUGCCUCUGACCAGCCCCCGAAGGUGGCGCCUCGGCCCUGUAGCCCUCAUAAAAUAGCCGUCAGCAGGGGCCCGACGGACAGUCCGGAGAAACGGCAUCUCUCCACUUUUCAGCGAUCGUCUCCCGGCAUGGCUCGGCAUGCCAGCGUGGGAGACCACAAGACCCUGGAAGCGGAAGCGCUCGCAGAGGACAUAGAGAAAACAAUGAACACGGCCCUCCAUGAGCUGCGUGAGCUGGAGAGACAGAACGUCGCCAAACACGCUCCGGAUGUGGUCCUGGACACGCUGGAGCCACUAAAACACCCCUGCGCUGGUGGGGGCGGCGGGGGUCAGGAGGUACCCGGCAGCCCCCUGCACACCAUGGUCAUCAGAGACCCCGACGCAGCCCAACGGCGGAGCAGCAGCAGCUCUUCCUCUGAAACAAUGACUACCUUUAAACCCGCUCUGGCGGUGCGGAGGCCCAACGCGCCCGUCAGGCCGCCGCCCGUCAGACCGGUGCGACCGGCUCCCGUGCUCACGCAGGGACAGGGGCCGCACCGUUCCAGUAGCUCCAGUUCGUCAGGUCUGGGAAGUCCGGGCAUGACACCCACUGACAGGGUUUUCCCCAAAGCGCCUUCCCCGUCCCCGUCCACGUCCUCGUCCUCCUCAGACAAACAGGGUAACAUGUAGCAGCGAAAAACCUCCGUCUGAUGGCCUUCACUCUGGCAGCACCAAGUCUGUAGUUGGCUUGUAAAUUCUCCAGUCAUACACGACACUUCCUUAUUAUAGCAGUAGGGGCGGACCACUUGCAUAUGUUGGUAUCGGUGCGAUACCAAGUUAGUACAGCGCCAGUCUUACUGAUGCUGAUACUUUUUACUUGAAAUAUUUCAAAAUUAUUGAAUGAGUUUGCUUUUUAUGAUACGAGUAAAACACAACACAAACUAUUUCACAAUAUAUAACAAGUAGGGGUGCACGAUAUCAGGGAAUUAUGUCAUACAGAUCCAAUCAAAAUCCAAUCACAUUAAAAAUAACUCAGAUAACCGAUCAUUUAAAUGAGGCUAAAUUACCCGUAGUAUGCAGGUGAGCAAAUCGAGUGCUCCUUUUUCUCUCCUGCCUGUCCUAACCUCCCCUGAGCUCACUUGUAAACAAACAUUCACUCAUAGAGAGGGAAAAAAACUUAUCAGCCACCUGAAAGGCACUGCGACUGCUCGGGACGUGUGCCCGAAUACAGUGCACCUUUCUGGGCCACACCCAGUGGCUCCUCCCCUUCUGUACUCUUCUUCUGCUGAUAGUAGUGAUGUGGUAGUAGUCAUGUCUGAUUAGGACAAAUCAACAGAGUCAAAUCCUAAUUCAUUCCAGUCCUUCUUAGCUCCAGUUGUGCACAAACUACUCUUCCAUCUACAUUUUUUUAAAUGUAGAUAUAAAAAAGUUAUGUGUCUUGAGAUCAGUAUCAGUUUGAAAAAAGAUAUCGUGCAUCUCUAAUAACAACACAACGGGACCAACUAUAGCAACAAAAUAAUUCAAUGAGUCCUGUUUAGUGCAUACAAUUGUUAGUUGUAAAAUAGGUAAAGAGCUAAACCUACUAUGAAAUCGUGUAUAAAUAUAUACAGUUUAUUUGAAUAACAACAUAACACAUCACGUAGCGAUCCGAUACUGAUAGUACUCUAUCACUAUAUGGAUCAAUCCGCCCACACUUAAUUAGCAUAGUUGCUAACUCUUUUAAGAGUCCAUUUAUUGAUACCGAAGUACUGGAAAAUACUAGUGGGACAUCCUCAUUACCGUUAGUAAGGUACAAAUAUGCUGGUACUGCAGUCUGUGACUCCUUCCAAGUCGAAGUGUGGAACUAUUUCAUGGAGUGAAAGCACACUAGCAAGUACAUACAGUAGUGAGGCUAAUAAACAAUGGCUGCUUGGCGCAAGGGGGGAGGUGGGGCUUAACAGAAAGGGGCGGGUCCACGAGCGAAAUACAAACUGUUAAAGGGAUUUGAAAUUUGUUUCCCUCUAGUGGCGGUAGGAAAUAUCGCAGCGGCAUCAACUUGGACGGCAGCUAAAUUUUUUGAAAUGUUACAAAUGUAAUCACCUUGAAUAGAAUUACUACAUUAAUAAUGGAGGCUCCCAUAAAAUAAAUAGUACUUUAAUGUUUCUUAAAUCAUUUUACAUGCAAACUGCACAUUUAAUUGAUACCAUGGCAAGUUUUGCCACAUUUUCAACGGUACGGUACGCUAUAAAGUACUUCAUUUGUUUACUGUUCACACUGUGGGUGUUUAAAUAAAACAACCUUUUUGGUACUUACCCCCCCGCCAUCCUUGAGCUACUACUGCCCCCCCAGAAAGCCAGGCGAGGAACCCACAGACACGCUCACUUCCUGGUUUACUGGACUGGUUUAAGGACUAAAGCACAAAGAAGGCCAGAAGUUGCUUUAGCAUCUGAGCUAAUGGUGGCCAACAGCAUGCUUGGCCACCAUUGGAUGCCCUGACCAAGCACAACCUUCUCUCCGGUGCCGAGAGGAGAACAGAAAGGCUUGGUUGCACACAUCAGUCCAUGUUACUUUGACCUACAAAUCAAAUGCAGUCGUCGGCAUCUUCAAGUAUGACGUCAUGAAGCACUUAAGGUCACACGUAAGGUCACACGAUGGUCGGGAUGGGGGUCGUUUUGUUCAUUUUCUACUAGAAAGGCGAUGAUAGCACACCGGUGGCGCUUCAUCCGCGUCUACGUGGUCUCCUCACACACCCCCCAUCACCAAAAGAUGUACUGUAUGAUAUCUCCUCAUUGGAUGCUGCAUCAUGACUUGUAUGCAUAAGAACUAGCUGUAUGAUAGCAACAGGAUAUACUAUUAUCAUCUCUUGUCUGUAGAUUUUUAUUAUGUUUAUCCUUGCACAAGCAGUCAUUAAAGAA